UGUCUAACAAAGAAGCGCAGUCACUGCAAAGGGUCUUACCAUGGUCACCGUCGCGCUUGAGACUCGGUUCAAGCAUAUGGCCAUUGUCGAUGAGAAUGCUCACGAUAGUGCGAAGGUUCAACAAAAAGCCAAAAGCGCAACUUCGACUACGCGUCCGGUGAACCGAGUUCUACGACCCAAGAACUCCGACGCUGUUCCUCAUAAUACAACAACCACGAAUCCUACGGAGACCGUGUCGACAAACACCCAACAAACUCCCUCGAAGACAAGACAUCCUCUCGCCUCUGUCGUAUCGCAAGACACAGAUGAUGCUGCAAAUGAAGAUGACCAACAUGCCACUACCGAUACCAAAAACCAACUUGCGCGUCAAAGCUCCGCACCCUCCCAACCUCCCCGACAGAAAGAAAGACAAUCAUCUACAUCACAAGCUCGCCAUCCUCUCUCCGUUCUAUCCCAAGCACCGAACGCUACAGUAAAGCAAGAACAACACUUCACCAAGCUCACAAAACCAAUACCCAGAGUAUUACAUCUAGGCAUGUUCGAAAUCGGCAAGGCGCUGGGAAAAGGGAAGUUCGGACGGGUCUAUCUUGCUCGGGAUCGAGACAGCGGAUUCGUUUGCGCUCUGAAGGUACUUCACAAGAAUGAGAUCCAACAAGGGAGGGUAGAGAAACAAGUGGCCCGUGAGAUCGAGAUCCAGAGCAAUCUGCGACAUCCGAAUAUUCUUCGGCUUUACGGGCACUUUCACGACAGCAAACGUAUAAUAUUAGUAUUGGAGUUCGCGGGAAAGGGAGAGCUAUAUAAGCACUUGCAAAAGGAGAAUCGGUUCCCGGAGUGGAAGGCUGCGCAGUACAUUGCGCAGAUGACAAAUGCUUUGCAGUACUUACAUCGCAAGCAUGUUAUACAUCGGGAUAUCAAGCCUGAGAAUAUCCUUGUGGGGAUUCAUGGAGAGCUGAAGAUGUCGGAUUUUGGCUGGAGUGUUCAUGCGCCAAGUGGUCGCAGGCUUACGAAAUGUGGGACGUUAGAUUACUUGCCUCCUGAAAUGGUUGACCCGAAAAAGUGCGAUAAGCCGUAUGAUCAAAAGGUGGAUUUGUGGUCCCUUGGGGUUCUACUGUAUGAGUUUUUGGUUGGGAGCGCUCCGUUCGAGGAUACACCUGUCAUGACGCAGAGGAGGAUCAUGAAAGCGGAUAUGAUAAUCCCUUCUUUUGUGAGUCCUGAAGCCAGGGACCUUAUCAGGAAGCUUCUUGUCACUGAUGCGGAUAAAAGAAUCACUCUCGAACAGGUCCGACAACAUCCUUGGAUAAUCAAGUACUGCUCCCGACAUGCAAAGGAGGAAAAUAAAGAAGAUAUACCUAGUCAAGAAACGUGAGUUAAUAAUAGCCCUUCGGGUUAUAAGGUC